GAGGCUGCCUCGCCCCCGACCUGACAGCGCAUCCCGACUCAAUAACAGCAGCGCCGGCUGAACUACAAUGCCUGCAGAAAACAGCGAUGAGGAGAGCAUGCUGAGCUACCAGAGACCCGGUGAGGAGGUAGUUGUGGAUCAGGGUGGCACAAGCUCAGUAUCCAACAUCCACUAUGAGAAAGAAGAGCUGGAGAGUCACAGGACUCUGUAUGUUGGGGUGAGGAUGCCUCUGGACAGACAGUCUCACCGUCAUCACAGAGCUCACAGCUCCAAACACCGCAAGAGAGAGCGGGCCAGAACAGGAAGUCUAGCGCCUGAGGCAGAGAAUACUGAAAGCACUACUGCCACCUCACAUGACACUCCAUCCCAGAGGGUACAGUUUAUUCUGGGCACUGAGGAGGAUGAGGAGCAUGUGGCUCAUGAACUCUUUACUGAGCUGGAUGAGAUCUGUGUUAAAGAAGGCAAAGACGCUGAGUGGAAGGAGACAGCCAGGUGGUUAAAAUUCGAAGAGGAUGUUGAGGACGGAGGGGAGAGAUGGAGUAAACCUUAUGUAGCGACUCUGUCUCUGCAUAGCCUGUUUGAGCUGCGCAGCUGCAUAAUUAAUGGCACCGUCCUGCUGGACAUGAGAGCGGACAGCAUUGAGGAGAUUGCUGAUAUGGUGCUGGACCAUCAGGAGGCGGCUCAUGAAAUGGACGACAGUGUGAGGUUAAAAGUCCGAGAGGCACUGCUGAAGAGGCAUCACCACCAGAGCGAUAAGAAGAGAUCCAACCUGCUGCCUCUGGUCAAAUCCCUGACUGAAUCCGGCAGGAAGCAGAGUGAACCGCACUGCAUAGAGAACACUGGACAUGUUACAUCCUCUCAGGCUCUUUCUGUAAAUGCAGAAGUGAAAAAUGGUGCCACGCAGGACAAUGGUCAAGUGGACCUCAGUAAGGUGGACACACACUUUAUGAAAAAGAUCCCUACUGGAGCCGAGGCUUCCAAUGUACUGGUGGGAGAGCUAGACUUCCUCGAGAGACCCAUUGUGGCAUUUGUCCGUCUCUCUCCUGCUAUAUUGUUAACAGGACUUACUGAAGUACCCAUACCUACCAGGUUCAUGUUUAUUUUGCUUGGGCCAGAUGGAAAAGCUCAGCAGUAUCAUGAGAUUGGCCGGUCUAUGGCUACUAUUAUGACAGAUGAGAUUUUUCACGAUGUAGCAUACAAAGCUAAAAACAGAUGUGAUCUGUUGGCCGGUAUUGAUGAGUUUUUGGAUCAGGUGACUGUUUUGCCUCCUGGGGAGUGGGAUCCAUCUAUCCGCAUUGAACCACCGAAGAGCGUCCCAUCACAGGAAAAAAGGAAAAUGCCUGGUGUGCCCAAUGGGACAACUGCUCCAGCAGAGACAGAGUCACACGGGGAACAUCAUGGACCAGAACUGCAGAGAAGUGGGAGGUUGUUUGGCGGCUUGAUUCUGGACAUAAAGCGGAAAGCACCUUUUUACUUCGGUGAUUUUAAAGACGGUCUGAAUCUGCAGUGUAUUGCAUCUUUUCUCUUCCUGUACUGUGCCUGCAUGUCUCCAGUCAUUACUUUUGGAGGACUGCUAGGGGAGGCAACACAGGGGCGCAUAAGUGCUAUUGAGUCCUUAUUAGGUGCUUCGAUGACUGGAGUGGCUUACUCACUGUUCUCUGGGCAGCCUCUAACGAUUCUGGGCAGUACUGGACCUGUUCUGGUGUUUGAGAAAAUCCUCUUCAAGUUCUGCAAAGAUUAUGACCUGUCCUACCUGUCUCUUCGUACCUGUAUCGGCCUGUGGACGGCCUUCCUGUGUUUUAUCCUGGUUGCCACAGAUGCAAGCUCGCUGGUUUGUUACAUUACCCGUUUCACAGAGGAGGCCUUCGCUGCUCUCAUCUGCCUCAUCUUCAUCUACGAGGCUUUGGAGAAGCUUGUUCACCUGGGAGAAAUUUACCCUAUUAACAAACACAGCGACCUGGAUAAACUUACACUCAUCUACUGUAAGUGUGCAAAACCUGACAGCCCCAAUAAUAAAACACUAGAGAUGUGGAGUGAGAAGAACAUCACAAUGUCCUCAGUGACCUGGAGUAACCUCAGCGUGAAGGAGUGUUUAAAUCUGCAUGGACAGUUUGUUGGGCCAGCUUGUGGUCACCAUGGCCCCUACACUCCUGAUGUUCUCUUCUGGUCAGCUAUCUUGUUUUUCUCCACCUUUUUUCUCUCCUCCUUCCUCAAGCAGUUUAAGACCAGCAGUUAUUUUCCAACACGGGUACGCUCUAUGAUUAGUGAUUUUGCCGUCUUCCUCACUAUUGUUCUCAUGGUGCUGAUCGACUACGUCAUUGGAGUUCCAUCACAGAAACUACAAGUGCCCAGCAAAUUUAAGCCGACGCGGGAUGAUAGAGGCUGGCUGAUUAAUCCCAUUGGCAGAAACCCGUGGUGGACAGUGCUGGCCGCAACAAUACCAGCUCUGCUCUGUACCAUCCUCAUCUUUAUGGAUCAACAAAUCACUGCUGUCAUUAUCAACCGCAAAGAGCACAAAUUAAAGAAAGGCUGUGGCUACCACUUGGACCUGCUCAUGGUGGGGGUGAUGCUGGCGGUGUGUUCAAUCAUGGGGUUGCCGUGGUUUGUAGCAGCAACUGUUCUGUCAAUCUCUCAUGUGAACAGCCUAAAACUAGAAUCCGAAAGCUCUGCCCCUGGAGAACAACCACGCUUCCUGGGCAUCAGAGAGCAGAGACUAACUGGACUGGUCAUCUUCCUGCUCAUGGGCUGCUCUGUGUUUAUAACUGGUGCUUUACAGUUCAUCCCAAUGCCGGUACUUUAUGGAGUUUUUCUGUACAUGGGUGCCUCGUCUCUGAAAGGUAUUCAGUUCUUUGACCGUCUGAAGUUGUUUGGCAUGCCAGCCAAGCACCAGCCAGAUUUUAUCUACCUUCGUCACGUUCCACUGAGGAAAGUUCACCUGUUCACCAUCACACAGCUUACUUGUCUUGUGCUACUGUGGGUCAUUAAGACGUCCCCCGCUGCUAUCGUUUUCCCUAUGAUGGUGCUGGCAUUGGUCUUCAUCCGUAAGCUGCUGGAUUUCUGCUUUACCAAACGUGAGCUGAGUUACCUUGAUGACCUCAUGCCGGAGAGCAAAAAGAAGAAACUUGAUGAUGCAUCCAAACAAGAAGAAGAGGAGUCACAGGAAGUCCUAGUUGAUAAUUUGGAGAAAGAAGAUAAGAACACAGUGCGGAUACAGAUGGAAAAGACCAAACUCCUACAGACAUCUAAAACACCAGACCCGAGGACUGACCCCUCUGAUAUCAACAUCUCUGAUGAAAUGUCUAAAACUACAGUGUGGAAAUCUCUCAGCUCCAAUCACAAGGACACACAACAAUCAACGGCACAUAAAAAGAGUCAGGCCUUCCUGUCCAACGUCAGUAUUUGA